ACAGCACUUUUUCUUUUACUUUUUCACUCCUCCUCUCUCACGCAUACUUCUUCUUCUUCUUAUCCCCUUUCUCAAUUUCUUCUCCUUCUUGCAAGAAUUCACCCAUAAUCACAUCAAAAUUCCAUCUUGUUACGUGAAUUUCGUUCUCCUUCCUCAUGUCAAGAAGUAAGAAAUCAGCAAACAAGCGAGCACCAAGUCUAGACUCAUAUGUGUCUGAGGAUGAAGAAGAUUAUGAUAAAUCAAAAUUCAUGUCGUUCUCUGCUCAACUGGGUUAUGGCCCUAUCUCUGAAAAGAGAGUCACACCCGAAAGGGUAGUCCAACUCAAAGAUCAUGAGUUCAAAGUCUUUCAGGAUCAAAUCAAUAGGAGGGGUUGGAAGAAGUAAGACAGAGGUACACGUAGGUUAACACAAUUAAAGUUUCUUAUGAUAAGAAGACAAUUAAUGAGUUCCUAGGGAAACCAUGGAAAGCAUCUGGCAAGCUGUGCAAGUAUCAAACUAGGGUGAAUGAAAAUUCUCAUUCAGAGUAUGAGGUAAGAAAAGAUUUGUGUGUUGAUGGUGUUCCUACAGAUCAAAUGAGUAGCGGUACCUCACUUCUUAGGUGCUGUAUGAAGCAAGAAGCCAUGAUUUGGAAUGCGUUCAUCCUUGCAAACAUCCAUCCGAAUUGCCAUGUAUCUGAUUUGCCACUAAGCAAAUGCUACUUGAUGUGGAGUAUCAUUAAAAAGGAGUCUGUGGAUGUUGCUGCAAUCAUCUCCAAUGCCUUAGCUGAUUGUAUUCACAAUGGGAACUCUCUAAUUUUUCCUUGCCUUAUCACUUCAUUAUGUAGGGAACGUAGAGCUUAUAUCCCCGAUGAUGACACAAUUGAGACAAAGCUUAGGAGUCCCAUCACUGGUCCAUAUAUCACCACUCAUUGCUCACCUAAGCCUUUGACUGAGGUGUUGAAGAAACUUAGAGACCAAAACCGUAUACCAAAGGAGUCAGCACUAGAACCAGAGUCACCACCAGCACUAUCAGAUAGAGAAAUGUUAUUGCAGAUGCAGGCUCAGCUGGAUCGCCAAAAUCAGCAGCAGAAGGCGUGCUAUACAGCCAUUACUGGAUUUUAUCAGAGUUUUCAGAGCAUUUAUGGCUCACACCCUGACUAUGUGGGCCUGCCAUAUUCAGAGUAUCUCCAGAACAAUAAAUGGCCUGAGGACAUGCCAACUACUAAAGUUGGGGAGAGCAGUAGCAGACAAGGAGCUCAGAAGGAACCUGAUGAUGAUGAUGGAGAUGACUAUGAUGCAGAGGACAUGGAUGAGGAUGAUGAUGUAGAGGAUUGAGGACUCUCCACUAUUCAGUGAUUUUUUAGUUUUCUGCAUUUUAUUUCAGUUUUAGUAUUUUAAAUACUUUAGUAUGUUGGUACUUUAAUUUUGUGCUUUGGUUUUAUCUCUUUACUUGAUGUUGGUACUAUGCUUAUGUUUAUUUUGGGAUGGGAGCUUUGUUUUGCUCAAAUUUUUGAUUACUUUGGAAUUGGUUGGUUUGAGAGCAAGCAUGAACUAUGAAAUACCAACUGAGUGCAUGAUUUUGUGUUUUUAAAUUCAUGAUCAUUGUGUUUUGCACUCACUUGAUGCCAUGACAUGAUAUUAAUGCAUCAUUCACAUGAGGUCUUAGGCUCAAUUUGUUUGAAAAUGCUUGAAAUCAAGGAUACAUACCUAAGUCGGGUGAGGGAGUGUGACCAAACACUAGAGAGAAUGUGAGAAUCAUCAUUGUUUUACAUAGUUGAACUUGCUUGAGUCUCUAAUUUUGUGGAAUUGCAUGGAAAUGAAAGAAAAUGAUCAAGGCAUUUUGUUCUUUAGUGUAAGUAACUACUUAGCCAUAUAGCCUACCUUUACUUAGGAAAUCACUUUGUUACCCCACUUAAGCCAAAAAAUUUGAAAAUUUCCUUGUUUUGUAUAUGACCCCAAGGUCUAAAAAGAAAAACAAUGUCUCUCCCUCACUUUCUUAGUUAAGAGAGCAUGAAUGAUGAGAAAAUGAGAUUGUAUAAAUGUGUAAGUUAGGGGGAAUGGAAACCAUUGAACAUUUAUUUUGUUUUGUGUAGUGAUCAAUGCCAAACUUCUCAAUCUUUGUUUUAAAAAAAUAAUAAUAAAAAAAACAAAAAAAAUUGAUGAAAAAGAAAUGUUAUAUAUAAAAAAAAAAAAAAAGAUUGAGAAGUGUAAGGGAAUGAAAGGGUUGAGGUGUAGUAUAAAUGAUAAAGGAAUGGUGACAAAAGAGAGACUCUUGGGUAAGGAGAGAGUGAAAGGUUUAUAGUUGUGAUAGAUGUCAUUUUAUGCUCUCUUAGCUUGAAAGUCUUUGAGUGUCCAGAAAAACCAAUAUUCUUUUGAAACCAGGCCUCAUUACAACCCUUAGAAAGACCUAUGUGAUUCUUGAUUAACCAUGCAGUUUGAUGAUAACUGAGACGGGUAGCAAGUUAGAUUUGUGUGAUUCAUUGAUAGAUGUGAGUGAAACACUUACCCUUGAUCUCUUGAGUGGUGCAUUUAAUGUAAGGUUUUGAUUGAAUCCUUGAUUGAAAAGUAGGAAAUUCAAAGUGUGCUUAGAAUCUCAUGAUUGAUAUGCUCUUUUAUCAUGAUUUUGGUUAAUUGUUGUGGGCUUCACAUGAUCUUCCUUGAGGAAAUGUUUUGCAAAAGAAAUUCAUGCAUUUUGAGGAGCUUUUGAAAAUGGUUAUUCAGAACUCAUGCUUGUUCAAGAACAUGUGUAUAUAUGUGUUUUGAAAGCUAAUACCUUUUGUUUGAGGGCAAACAAAGUUCCAAGUCAGGGGGAGUUGAUAAGUGUCAAUUUUACCUAAUUUCAAUGAGAAAUAUAGACACUUAUCCUUGUAAAUUCAUGAGAAACCUUGACCAAAUCUAAUUUCUUUUGUUUAGAACUGUUGAUUAGAUGUACUUUAGGAUAGAAUAUGCUUAAACUUGAUUAUGAUCUUGAUUUGUGUUUAAGGAAUGAAGAUUCAAUGAAGAAGACAAAUUUUGGCAAGAAAAUAGGAAUUUGAAGAUGCCCAGGGCGCCCAGCGGUAUGCAGAGGCUGCUCAGCACCCAAGGCGGUGGCAAUUACCCCUCUCUGAAGUAACUGGCCGCUCAGCGGCCAAAAAGGGGCGCUCAGCGGCCAGGCCCGUGACAGCACAUUAUAAAAGGCUCUUUUCAGAUCAAAACAGGGGAUAACUGGGUUUUUGGAGAGAGAAUUCGACAGAGAACAUAAAGGGAAGGAACUUAGAGCUUGGGUAAGCUUCCAUCGAGCUGGAGCUACGCCGAAGUCGGCACGGAUCAUCACUUCCAUCCUAUUUCUCUUGUAAGCUUGUCUAGCUUCCAUGUCUAUGGAUAGCUAAGCUUUUCUUUGUUAGGAUUUGGUGUAGUACCUUGACUCUAUGUAUCUAAUUUAGUUCUUAUGCAUAUGAAUCUAUCUAUCUCUUGAUUUCAAUGGUAUAAUCUUGUUCUUAAA